GCUGGCGGCGAGGUGAACGGCAGCGCGGCCGUCGAGGGGCUGGUGGUGAGCGCUCAGGGAGUGGGCGUGGGCGUCUUCCUGGCCGCCUUCAUCCUCCUGGCUGUGGCGGGCAACCUGCUUGUCAUCCUCUCGGUGGCCUGCAACCGCCACCUGCAGACGGUCACCAACUAUUUCAUAGUCAACCUGGCCGUGGCUGACCUGCUGCUGAGCGCCACGGUGCUACCGUUCUCGGCCACUAUGGAAGUGCUGGGCUUCUGGGCCUUCGGCAGGGCCUUCUGUGAUGUGUGGGCGGCCGUGGACGUGCUGUGCUGCACAGCUUCCAUCCUCAGCCUCUGCACCAUCUCCGUGGACCGGUAUGUGGGCGUGCGCCACUCGCUCAAGUACCCGGCCAUCAUGACGGAGCGCAAGGCGGCGGCCAUCCUGGCGCUGCUCUGGGUGGUGGCCCUCGUGGUGUCCGUGGGGCCGCUGCUGGGCUGGAAGGAGCCAGUGCCCCUGGACGAGCGUUUCUGCGGCAUCACCGAGGAGGCAGGCUACGCGGUCUUCUCCUCCGUGUGCUCCUUCUACCUGCCCAUGGCCAUCAUCCUGGUCAUGUACUGCCGUGUUUAUGUGGUCGCGCGAAGCACCACCCGCAGCCUCGAGGCCGGUGUCAAGCGCGAACGCGGGAAGGCCUCGGACGUGGUGCUGCGCAUCCACUGUCGGGGUGCCGGCACCAACGCAGACGGGGCGCACGGGAGGAUGCGCAGCGCCAAGGGCCACACCUUCCGCAGCUCGCUGUCUGUGCGCCUGCUCAAGUUCUCCCGCGAGAAGAAGGCAGCCAAGACCCUGGCGAUCGUCGUGGGCGCCUUCGUGCUCUGCUGGUUCCCCUUCUUCUUCGUCCUGCCCCUCGGCUCCCUGUUCCCCCAGCUGAAGCCUUCCGACGGCGUCUUCAAGGUCAUCUUCUGGCUGGGCUACUUCAACAGCUGCGUGAACCCGCUCAUCUACCCCUGCUCCAGCCGCGAGUUCAAGCGCGCCUUCCUCCGCCUCCUGCGCUGCCAGUGCCACCGGCGUCGCCGCUGCCGCCCCCUCUGGCGCGUCUAUGGCCACCACUGGCGAGCCUCGACCGGCGGCCACCCCGACUGCGCCCUAGGCGGCGCCGGCACCUUGCCCCCGGGGGCCCCGCUGGCUCUCGUGGAACCCUCGACCCCCGGCUCCUCAGAGGUGCAGGCGCCGGUCCCCGCCCGUCGAAAGCCAGCCUGCGCCUUCCGAGAGUGGCGGCUGCUGGGGCCGCUCCGGAGACCCACCACCCAGCUCCGCGCCAAGGUCUCCAGCCUGUCGCACAAGAUCCGCUCCGGCAGCGCGCCCCGCGCAGAGGCCGCGUGUGGCCUGCGCCCCGAGGUGGAGGUGGAGGCUGUGUCCCUGAGCGUCCCACACGACUUGGCGGAGGGCGCCGCCUGCCAGGCCUAUGACUUGGCCGACUAUGGCAACCUCAGAGAAACUGAUAUUUAA